GUUCCUGGCGCAGGUACUUCUGCGAAAGGAAAUCCGCGCUCUCGAGUGACUACCCUUGCGGUUCUAAGAAGACCCGAAAAGAAACUGGAUCGUGUUUUAUUCUGAUCGUGAGUCAGGCGCAAAUCGGAAUUUUGGAAGGGGAAGAAAGGAUGGGGUACGUGCUGAGGGUGAGGUUAGCAUCCUUCUUCGCAGGAGCUGCAACGGCUUCUGUUUUGGGUCUUUACAUCCUCCACAGGGAUUACAAGAUCGCCCACAAUGCUCUUUCCCAACAGGUUAACAGCCUCUACAAAUCCGUCGAUGAGCGUAUCUCAGCAUUGGAAAAACUGAAAGAAGCAGAACCGCCUGCACGAUUGGAGGCUACGGAGUAGAAGGUGAGAUCAUCAUUCCUAAUGGGGCCUAAUGUUUGUAGCCAGGUGGAUUCUUUUUGAAAUAAUUACAGUCUAACGGAUCUGUAUUUGAUGACCCGAGAGGAGUUAAAAUACAAAAUUGUGAUUGGCAUGAA